AAUGAAUCAUAAUAAAACAAUUGAUCCAAAUCAAAUUCAUGAAACAUUGAAUUUAAUUAUGAAUGGUUCAUGUUCAUCAUUAACUGUUACUACUAUGUCAUUCUGUAAUUCAUCCUCUUCCUUUUCGUCCUCCUCCUCGUCGUCGUCGUCGUCGUCCUCCUCCUCCUCAUCCUCAUCGAAAUCAGUGGAUACAAUACGUCAACAGAUGAAUUCAUCAUUAUUAAAUUGUAUAAAUUCUAGUCAAUUUAUACCUUCUUCUAAUUCAGAGAGUAUGAUACCAUUACAUUAUGUUAAUCAAAAUCAAAAUCAAUCAUGGUUAAUGAAAACAUUGGAUACUACUACUAAUACUACUAAUACUACUACUACGACUUGUACAACAAAUACUACUAAUAGUAGUAUACAACAGACUAUAGAUGAUAACAGUAUGGAUGAGAUUGAUACUGUGAAUACUGUACAUAAUAAUGAUAAUAAUAAUAAUAAUAAUGAUUCUUUUCUGAAUAAUUCCUUUUUAUAUCAAUCCACUAAUUAUUUUUUAAAUAAUUUAACUCCAUAUUCUAUAGAUAGAAAAGAAGGAAUUACUAUCAGUACUACUGCCAAUACUACUAUAACAACGAUGACGAUGACGACGACGACGACACCGACACCGACAACGAAUCCUCCAAUUAUAUCCCAACAUAUUCUAAAUGAUAAUAAAGAAAUAAUUAUGAAUAAUGAAAUAGGAGAGAAUUAUACUGGAAUUAUUUCAAAUUUACAUAAAUUUACGAAUAGUUUAUCAUUAGAUCAAAGGAAACAAACAUUCCAUGAUCAUAAUAAUCAUUGUCCACCAACUUCUCUACUUCAUCAUGAUACUUAUUCAUAUCAGAUGAAUAAAAUAGAUACCGUGAAUAGUGACAAUAUCAAUCAUGACAAUGAUAAUGAUGAUGAUGAUGAUGAUGAUGAUGACGACGACGGUGGUGGCGGUGAUGAAGGUCAUGGUGAUGAUGAUGACGAUUAUAUUGUUGAACAUGAUCAUCAUGAUGAUAACAAUGGUAAAUUUAAUAAAAAUUGGAAACAUAAAAGAAUGAAACUUGAAAAUCAUUUACAUAAUGAUAUAAACAUUACACAAAUGGAUUAUCAAAAUAGAAAUUAUAAUCAUAAAUAUGAUCAUAAUACUACUACUACUACUGAUAUUUCUAUCAGCAACCAUGGUAAUACAACUAAAUCAAUGAUUAUGUCUAUAAUACAAGAUAGAGAGUUAUUAAAUGAUGUUAGUGAUGUUUGUAAUGAUAAAACUAAUGAUCAUCAUCAUCAUAAUGAUGAUGAUCAUGAUUUCAGGGAUGAUAUAAUGAAGGUAAAUAAUAAUAGAGAAACUACUUGUGAUAAUACUGUACGAGAGGAGAAUGAUGAAGAAGAUGAAGGAGAAGAGGAUGGCGUUGAUGAUGAUAUUGAUAAUGAUGAUAAUGAUGAUGAUGACGCCGAUGGUGAUGAUGAUGAUGACGACGAAGAGAUUGACGAAGAAGAAGAUCCAGAUUAUAUUCAUGAUCAACAAAUGAUUAUAAAUGAUAAUAAAAAUAUAAAAAAUUCUCAACGUCUUACUCAUUCACCACCACCACCACCACAGCAACACCAUCAUCAUCCUAAUCAUCUCAUUGAAAAUGAUUGUUUAAAUCUAUUAAAAUAUACAAAUAAUAGAAAUCAAUUAUACAAUUUACAAAAUGAAUUAAAUCAAGUAUAUGAUGAACAAGAUGAUCAUAAUAUUCAAUUAUUAAUGUCCCCUACACAUCACCAUCAUCAACAUAAUCACCACCACCACCACCACAGCCAACAACAGCAGCAACAACAACAUCCUCACCAACAUCAUCCAAAUCGAUAUAAUCCUUUAAUGAUGUGUCAACCAAAUAAAAUAAUUGAAAAUAUAAUUGAUUCACGUACACAUACAAAAUUAUUAGAUCAGAAUGGUAUAAAUUAUGGAAUAAGAGGGAAAAACGAUUCCGAUUUAACAUCAUCAUUAACAAAUGUCACUACUACAACAACAACAACUUAUAAUAACAAUAAUAAUAAUACUACUACUAAUACUACUCAUAAUCAUAGAAAAGAAGAUCGUGUUAAACGUCCAAUGAAUGCAUUUAUGGUAUGGUCACGUGGUCAACGUAGACGUAUGGCACAAGAAAAUCCUAAAAUGCAUAAUUCUGAAAUAAGUAAACGUCUUGGUUCAAUGUGGAAAAAUUUAUGUGAAACUGAUAAAAAACCAUUUAUUGAUGAAGCAAAACGUUUAAGAGCUAAUCAUAUGGCACAAUAUCCUGAUUAUAAAUAUAGACCAAGACGUAAACAUAAACCAUUAGAAAGACAAAAAAAGACUAUGUCUUCAUUGACGAAUACAAUGAUAAGUGGUUAUAUGAAUAAUACAACGCCUGGAUUACGUAAUCAUAAUAUCCAUAGUGUUGGAAAUGUACCGUUAACUCAUUCAAAUCGUAAUAUUCCUAAUAUAUUUGAUCCAUUAAUUACAUCAUCAUCAUCAUCAUCAUCAAUGCCAUGUCAAAAUCAAUUUAAUCCACAGAUUCAUAAACAUGAACAUCAUCCACAUCAUUUACAUGGAUUAUUUAAUGCAUCUAAUCCACGUCUUCAUUCAUCACAUUCAUAUUCAUCAAGUAUAAAUCCAUUGUCUAAUUAUUUACCGCAUCAAAUUACUGGUUUAGUAAAUACUACUAGUAGUACUACUACUAAUAAUAAUAACCCUUCAUUAAUUGAAUCCCAACAACAACCAGUUGACUAUCAAUCACAUAAUCUUUCAACAAACUAUUUACAAUCCAAUAUGAUGAUGAUGCCAUAUUAUACAAAUGAAUUUCAUCAAAAUGAUAAAGAUAUUAGUUUAAGACAAACAUUAUUUGGAUCUGAUACAAAUGCUUCAUCGUCAUCAUCGUCAUCAUCAACGACGAUAACGACGACGACGACGACGACAACGAUGACAAUGACGACAACAACAACAACACAAUAUGAUCAGAAUACAUCAUUUCAUUUACAAUCAUUAUAUGCUAAUCGACAAAUUUCUGGACAAUAUAGAGAUACUACUAUUAAUCAUAAUCACAAUAAUAGUAAUAGUAGUAGUAGUAAUAGUAAUAAUAAUGAUAAUUAUUCUAGAUCCCUAUUAAGACAAGAACCAAUUUAUGGAUCGGAACAAAAUCAAUAUAAUCCUUCAUCAUUACUCAAUAGAAAUGAUGAUAAAUCCUUAGAGUUUUUACGGAAUACAUCAUCUAUUCCAAUGAAUAAUAAUAAUAAUAGUCAUGUUAAUCAACAAUUAUUACCAACAGAUAUGUCGAGUUUAGCUGCAGCAGCAUUAGCCGCUGCUGCUGUAAAUGAUACAACGAAUGAAUAUAAUACAGAAAUGAAUCAUUCAAAUUCUAUGACAAUAAUGCAACGUUUAAGUAAUACACCAUGGUCAAUGUUUUAUUCAAAUAAUAGUAAUAUGAUUAAUUCUAUGAGAAUAAAUGAACAACGAUCAUUUCUUAAUUCAUCAACAAUGAGAUCAAAUCAAACAGGAGGAUCAAGUUUAGAUUCACCACCACCAUUUUCAAUUGGACGAAGUGGAUCUAGUACACCAAUUAUGAAUAAUAUGAAUAAUACCACUACUAAUAGUAGUAGUAGUAAUAUCCCCCGUGUUACAACAUCAACAACAUCAUCAUCAUCAGUUACAAAUGGUAAUCCUCAUAGUGCAGCAGCUGCUAUGAUGGCAGCUGUAGCAGCAGCAAAUUAUGCAGCAUCGCAAUUAGCAUAUUAUGGUAAUAGUGGAAAUACAACAUCAGGCAUGGAUCAGCAUCAUCCUCCUCAUCAUCAUCAUCUUCAACAUCCCCAUUUACAGCAACAACAACAACAACAAUCACAACAUCAUCAUCAACAUUCACAACAAUUGUUACCUCAACAUUUAAGUAGUACACAACAUACAGAUUGGUUAAAUAAAAACAGUAAUAAUAAUAACUCACAAAAUACUACACUACGAUCUGCAUGGUCAUCAAUUUAUCGAAAUGAAUGUGAUCCAGUAGAUGUUGGAAGAAAUGAUAUGAAUACAUCUUAUACAUCUAGUUUACAAUUUGAUACUCAUAAUCGAAGUAAUAAUAAUAAUAUAACAUCACAAUUUCAUGUCAAUCGUAAUACAUCAUCGUCAUCAUCAUCUACAUCAUGGUUGGAACGUCUUGAUGCUCAACAACUACAUCAUAACCAACAACAACAACAUUAUUUUGCUAAUCAUAGAAUAUUACCUAAUAUUACUGAAUUAGGUAAUAUAACUAAUUAUACUAGUAAUCGAGAUCUUUUAAAUGAAUCAUCUUCCAAUGUACAAAAGAAUUAACCACCAUCCCCAACAACAACAACAAUGAAAAGUACAUCCCUAUUGUUCAUUUACUUUUCUUAUUCAAUAUAAUCAAGAAUUCAUUAUUUGUUGUUACAAGAAAAGUAUGUAAAGGACUUCAUUGAAUUAUUGUACAGCUGAAUAAAAAAAAACUUUUUUUUAAAUAUAGAUAAUAAUACCCCCUCCCCAACAUGAAAUCAAUAAAAACACACAGAGAGAGAGAGAGAAAGAGGGAGGGAGGGAGAGAGAAGGAG